UGAUUGGUUUUUCACCUGGCACCUGCCACCUUCUUUAUAGGGCCUCUGCCCCCUCCUUCUUUAGUCCUGACGAAGGGUCUCGCCGGAAACUGCUCCUUUCAAUAGAUGCUGCCCGACCUGCUGAGUUCAUCCAGCUUGUCUGUACGCGUUGAUUUGACCACAGCAUCUGCAGUGUACUUCGUGUUUGCCAACACAUCAUCACGCAUAGCGACAUUCGUCCCCGGUUAUGAUAACUGCCUGAAGAAUGGUUUGUCUUGAGCUGCUAUGACCCUAAGUACAGUUUUCCCUUCCAAACUCAUUGCUUACAAUUCCACACAGGGCCCCUUUACACCUGCUCGGUUCAAUGAGCCACGGCCGCUUCGCUGGUAGAGUUGGUGCCUUCGCGGAUCCAGCGACACGCGUUCGAUGCUGACCCCCGGCUCUACUACUGAAGUGGAGAAUAAAAUAAAAUCAGUGCGAAUGGUUUGGUGUUUGUUUCCAUGCUGUCUAAUCCUGAACCUCAGGACAUUGUAGGCUGGGCAACACACAGGAAUUCAGCAAGGCAGGCACCAUCAGGAGAGGAGUGAACAGUUCACCUUUCUGUCUGAGACACUUCAAGACUAAUUUGCUUACCAUUACAUCGGCGAGCUGCCUGUCAGGAAACAGUAUAAGUAUCAGCUUUCAACACUAGAGCCCUGAGUGCAGUGAAACGUUAAAUAUAAAACUUGUAGCAGUUUCUCUCGGUCCCGGAGAAACAAUAUUUGUCUUUAGCAACCAGAUUUUCUGCGGUUCGUUUCCGGAAAUUGGCUGCAGUAAUCCGGCUUGCAAACAGAGAGACUCCAGGUCUCCUGGAAGGAGUGGAUUCAGGAUAACUUGUGGCACAGUUCACUCUGAAUUCCAGUUCCACAACAGCACCUGGAGCGCCCGGCCAGAGCUUCCCCACGCUGGGAAAUAAAGCGACUUCCAAGCGGCCGGUUGGAAUACCAGCCUUUUGGGCCAGGGCGGGCGCAAGGUGUAUGGGAUCUCCCUCAGCCCGCGCGGAAUCGCAACUUGGCUCGAAAGUGUACACCUGUGUUCCCCCGCGUUAGUGUGGAGGUAUUUCAGCGGCCACAGACUCCGGGGAUUGCCUGCUCGAACCCGGACCGGGAUUACAGUGGCACACUCACUGGGGGCUGGGCUGCUGAAGCAAGUGGACAAUGUCCAGAAAGAAAGGGACAUCAGAUGAUGCGUGGCUUGAUGGUGAAAUGGAUCCAGAUGUUGGAGGGAUGAUCCAGAACUUCAGUGUGAAUCUUAAUGAACACAACAGUCUACAGGAAACUCUGGAAAAGGCUCGUGAACUGUUCCAGCAUUGCGACAAAGAGGAGAAGGGCUUCAUUACGAAGAGAGACUUGCAGAGAUUGCAGAAUGAGUUGCCCCUGACUCCAGAGCAACUGGAAGAUGUCUUUGACAGCUUGGACCAGGAUAAGAACGGCUACUUAACACCAGUAGAAUUCAGCAUGGGCCUUGGGCAAUUCAUUGGCAUCAAAGUGCUGCCAACAACAGAGAGACUGGAAAACUCAAAGCACGAUGAAACCUUUGAAUCUGGCUGGUCGGACGAGCUGGAUAUUGUUACAGACGUGGAAGAGAAGCAGUUUUGUUUCAUGAUGGAGCAGCUUGGAGCUUCACAGAUCUUUGAGGAUCAAAGUGAGGUAAGGGAGUUAUGGGCCAGGCUCCACAGAGGGAAGCCUGAGCUGCUGGCCAACUUUGAGCAGUUCUUAGCCAACCUUACGACACACAUCCAGGAGAUACAGCAGGAGAAGGAAAUCAUGGAACAAGCAAUGAAACGGAAGGAGUACGAGCAUGAUAGAGAGGUACGCUGCCUGUACGAGGAAAUGGAGCAGCAGAUUAAGAGAGAGAAAGAGAAGUUAAUAAAUCAGGAUGUGUGGAAGCACACGGAACGGAACCAUCAGUUGGAAAGGGAGCUGAUCAGGAAAGAGCAGGACUUGGAAAAUAUCAUUCUACAGCAAAAGAAGCUGGAGCAACAAUUCGAGGAGUUUAACUGUGAGCAAGUAGAUGUCCGGAUGCAAAAUGAGAGACUGAGACAGAUGAAUGAGGAGCUACAGGAACAGCUGGAGAGGACUAAGCAAGACCUGAGCAAUACACGCUAUCAACUCCAGAUUCUUCAAGAAGAGGCCCGAGAUGAGCAUCAGAAGAAAGCAAGGGAUGUUCUGAAGGUGUCAAAGAACAUGCAAAAGGAGAGAGAAAGUCUAUUGAGACAGCUGGAGCUGCUCAGGGAGCUGAACAAGAAACUCCGAGAUGAGAAGGAUGCUCAUGAAGCCAAGAAGCUGAGCUCCCCCAGAAAAAAGCUUCUGUUGAAGAGAGGCUCAGUGAUAGGGAAUUACCUGGUGGAAGACAAACCAGUCAAACGGCAGCUUGUCACUGCAGAUCUGUCCGUCACCAGAGAAAUGACAUCAGAGCCCAGCAAGAAGAACUUUAAAUAUGUACCAAAUGCGAUGGGUGCAAGCGAAGCUGGUGAUGAAGGUCUGUGCAGUCCGAAGUCAACUGAAGAUGAAAGGCUGCCCGUUGAGGAUGCAGGCUGUGAGAUAGCUGGACUACCUGCACAGGCCUCGGCAGAGGAAGAUGAAGCUCUGCUUUCACCCCGAGGCCAGCCAAUUGGCACUGAAACAGUGGAGUCUGAGCCAAUGAGAUCAUCCCCUGACAGAAUGUUUAAAGUGGUGUUUAUCGGGAAUUCUGGUGUUGGGAAGAGUUCGUUUAUUCAUCGAUUCUGCUAUGACCGAUUUCUCCCUGAAACUAAUGCAACAAUUGGCAUUGAUUUCCAAGUGAAGAGUUUGGUUUUGGACAAUACACGAGUAGCCCUCCAACUGUGGGAUACUGCAGGCCAGGAACGGUUUCGUAGCAUUUCCAAGCAGUAUUUCCGCAAAGCAGAUGGUGUGGUGGUGAUGUAUGAUGUUACGUCUGAGGUGUCCUUCACAGCUGUCAGGAACUGGAUGGCCAAUGUCCAGGAAGGAAUUGAUGAAAGGGCAGUUAUUUGUCUACUUGCCAACAAAAUAGAUGUUCUGAACUCUGAAACACAAAGGGUAUCAAAAGCAGAAGGUGAACGGCUAGCAAAGGAGUACAACACAAUUUUCUAUGAAUGCAGUGCCAGAUCGGGAUACAACAUAAUGGAACCACUGAUGCAAGUGGCAAGAUUAUUAAGUGAACAGGAAGACAAACAGAGAGAAGAUGCCUUGCAUUUAGAUGAUGUCUGUGACAAGAAAAAAGGCUGCUGCAAAUGAAAUUGAACAAAGAAGAACCACUACUCCCAGAUAAAUUAGAUGCUUGAAUGCAUUUAUGAUCUCAUUAGACAUUUCUGAGCUACAGGACUUGCUGUCAAUGUUUUACCACAUUUUUCUUUCUAAUCAUUGUUUUUGUUUCUAGUGUCUCAUAAAUUGCUAUUUCAUGAAAUAAAAUCUGGUGAUAAGAGAUGGAGUUUUAAGUAAACACUUAAUUUUAGUGCAAAUGCAUCUGUACAUAGCCAAACUAUGGCAGUAUUAACAGAAUGCAUUGCCUUUUCUCAUAGAUGAUGUUUCCUGUAGAAAACCCGUUAAAGAGCCAGAUUCUGUAAAGAGCAGAUGUAAUUUUGAGGUUCACACUAAAUGAAGAUGCCAAGCAAUCCUGUAGAUAGGUUUGCUGAAACUUAAAUUUUCUGCACAAAUAUAUAGGUACAGGCUUCUUAAGAUAUCAAGAUGGUUUUGCAUAAGCCAUGUAAUGUGAGUACUGCAAUCAGUACUCUGUUGGUCAAAUAGGAAGUAUAUUUCUGGAAAUAGUUUUAAUGACAAAAUCUAUAUAAAGUGAACAAAAUGUAAAUUUGUUCUACAUUAUAUUGAGCUCUGCUUAAAACUCUGUAGACCCUAGAAAACCAUGUAAGCUAUAAGAUUAACAUCAAACUGCAAUAUGUUCAUCCCAACUUUAAUGGUUAAGAUCUGUCCACAGUAUAAGGGUACAGUUAAAAUAUCUUUGCAAUGGAAAAAUUCAUUGUACUUUACCUGGAAAUUCUUUGCUAUUAUUUAGAAUUGGCUGUGCCAAACAUUAAGUGAAAUUGUAGGUGUCAGCAGAGUACUCAAGAGGGAUUUCGUAUGUCCAAAGUAAUCAGUUUGUUCUUUUUGAACGAUCUUAACAUUUUCAAGGUAUCUCAUUAGUACGUAUUUAAAACCAACAAAGUUAAAAUAAUUACACUACUGUAUUUAAAACUGUUUUGUUACAGGGAGACUGAAUAUUUUUAUAACAUGUAUUGUUUCUGGAUUCUCUGCCAUGUACGUGAGGCAUCAAAGCAAAUAGCCUAUUGUGGACAAAUGGGAUUAAUGUAGAUGGGCAAAAAGGUUGGCAAGGGCAUUGUGCUGUACAAGAUAUGACUAUUAUUUUUCUAUUGCUUGGGAGGCUAUUAAAUCCAAGCCCAUUUCCUCUACCUUCAUGCUAACAGGUUGUUUUUAUUUAGUUGUUUUGAACCAUGUUCAGAGUAAAAUUUAAAGCAGAUAUUGAUUCAGCAACAAAAAAAAAUGUUAACGCAAAAUACUCAGGAUCUUUGAAAUUAUACAUACAAACAGAACUUGAUGGAAAUAUUCAGAUCAGGCAACAUUUUAUAAGUGUUAAUGUUACAUGUUUAAGGACCUUUCAUCAGAAGUUAACUCUAAAAUAUAGGCUAUGUUUUGUCUGACUCAGUUACUGCCCAAUCCAAUGAAUGGCUUUGGUUUUUAAUCUUUUACGUAUGUCAAUGUGUAGAUGUCCAGAAGUUGUGUAUAUUUUAUCACCCCUCAGAAAUGUAAUGUGAAUUUGUGUUUUGAUAGAAGUUGAGCCAUCAUUACUAUCCAUCAAAGUAUUUAUUUCUGCUGACAUGUAUCUGGUCAAGCCAUGCACUUGUGCAAUUUCAAAUAUGUUGGAUGUAGCUAUUGGUGUAUCCCCAUCACUUACAAAGGACUUGCAUUUAUGUAGCAACUUAUCAAACUUGAGGAACUCACAAAAAAAGUUUUAUUAAAUGCUAAGAAAAAUUUAAAAUGGAGUAUCUUAGGAAAUUUUAUAGGGAGGUUUUUUCAUAUCUUUUACAAUUUAUAUUAAAAUCUGAAAUGGCUUGUAAUAUUUGAAAAAAAAACGUGAUUUUAGGCCUUUAUGUUAUGAAGAAUUCAUGAAAUACUCUUUUGUUUCUUUCCUGUGGCUGUUAAAAUUGCACAAUGCAUUCAAUCAAUUCUAGUGAUCUCUAGCUCAGAAAAAUCAAAAAAUAAAUAUCCUCUCAUGUACCAAAGCUAUUCACUUUAGCUGGGCCAUAUCCCAUACUUUUCCUUUUCAUUCAUUAUUGAUAAAGGCUAUUCUUUUAGAUGCUUUAGAACUAGUGGUUGGUGUUUACCUGGACUGCAGCAAUGAUGCUGAGUAAGUUAUUUAAUGUUACUGAUUGAUUUUUCAGACACUUCAGGCUUGAGGGUCAAAUGGCUGUUAUAAUACUAGAGAGACAUAAAGAUCAGAUUAGAAAAGGAAUGUAGUUAAUGGCUUGGAAAUACUUGUAAUGACAGCUUUGCGAUGACUUCUAAGGAACCAGGUUUCCAAUUUCCAAAUUUCUUUAAAAACAAAGAUUGAAUUAAUUAUAUAACAGACUACAUGUGUCUCGUGAACUCCAAUUAUUAACUGCAGACACAAUCAGAGGAACUUCUUUUAUUUUCCUCAUUAUUGUUGUAGCUUAAUUGCUAGUAGCCUUACUUCUGAGCCAGUAGAUGAAUGAAUAAAUCAUUAACUUAUAUGGAUGUCAGUAAUAAUGCUGUCAAGCAUUCACGAUUGCACAUUUCAGUAGUGGUUUUGGGGGUUGCAUUAGCAGGAUCAGAUAAUAAAAUAAACUAGAAAGAUUUUGAUUUACAAAAAAUACUGUACUUUAAUAUAAUCAAUACUCUAAUAAUUUCAGAUUUAUAUAAUUAACUUGAAUUUUAAUUCUCCAGUUGUUAUGAUGGAUUUGAACUCUCACUUCCUGAUCAGGUUGGGAAACUUAGUUGGAAAUUUAACUACAGUGGUAUCAACCGUAAUGGCUAAACUACCAUUCCGUACUGAAGGGGUUAAUCUAAGCUGAAGUUGAGGGACUGUGGUACUGCAAUAUGGAAUUAAGUAAAUAUUACUCAACUAGUCACUGGCCAACACUUAAUCAAUAGCAAAAACAGAUAUAUUUGUUUCAUAAUGUUAUUGGACAUACUGUUCAUUAAUCUCCUUUGGUGUUUGUCUCUCGUGAGCUUCAUACAGAAGCAUCAUGGUCUAAAUAAACACAAGUUCUUUUAUUUGCAAUAGUAUUUGUUAGACUGGGGUACUAGUAAAGAUAUCUUGUUUAUUUUAGUACAGUUUGUCUAGGAAUUUGAUCAUGUUAAAAUAGAUUUAUUUAAAAAAAUAGCAAAUAAAAGGAAUUA